AUGAUGGCUGGUAUCGUCGCCAUUGACGCGCCAGAUCUCUGCGAGGAGAUUAUCAAGAAGGCAUGCCCCUCCAAACAUCCUCCGUUCUUCGAGCCGUCGCCGCGAAUGCCACCUCUCCGGCGAUGUCUUCUUCUUUCCCACUCAACCAAAGUGCGGAAGCACGAACUCGGCUUCGCUCUCCCUUCCAAUUCGUCAGAUCCAAAUCCGUCGGCUGCCUAUAAACUUCCCACCUCGAACCACAACUGA